GUCUUUUCUUUCUAUACACUUCACCAGCUUUCCCUUUGCUUUCCCGAAUUAGGUUUUGUUUUCUCUUUUUUCCAUUCCGCGAUGUCUUUGCCUCUAUUUCCUCCCUUCCUCUUCUAUUUUGUAUUUUUUCAUUUUAUUUUUAGUAGCAGUAAAUGCAUACGUUCUAUCUUUCUACAAAAGUUCUUAUCAUGCAAAUCUCAGAACUAUGAUCGGUUGUGGUAACGCUUGAUUUUGAGGAUGGUAAGUCGUAAUUACCGUGCUAGGUAGAUAAAAGUCUGAGCCUUUUUUUUUUUGGCGUGUUCAAGAUGUGGAGUAGAUGCUGGUGUGCCGGUGGUGGAGGAUCAAUUCUGAGGCAAAGGGUGUCUUUUGUUUUUAGUGGAAGCCAUGGUUGUGGGGGAAAGGUUCAGCCUUUUGAUCCUUUGAGGGGUUUUGAAGGCGCAUGUGGUGGAAGGAGAGGAGGGGUGGCGUUUGUGUUGAGGCAGAUGAAGAGCGGUGUCUGUUCUACAUCUUCAGUUUCACACCCUGCUGACGGUGUCAGUGGGAAUGAGAAUAGUAAUAAUAAUGAUAAUAAUAGGAGUAAUGAUGAUAAUGGGAAUGGGAAAAAAGGUUCUAUGUCCUUCCGUGAGGCUAAGAAGCUAAUGAGAUUGGCGAAUGUGGAAUCGCUAAAGGAGAAGCUUGAAAGAGAGGAGAAGGAGAUUAUUCCCUACUGUGAGCUUCUUGAAGAGUGUAAGAAAAUGGGUGUUGCAAGAGAUGCUGAGGAGGCUGCAACAUUUGCACAUUGUCUUGAUGAUGCUGGGGUUAUUCUCCUCUUCAGAGACAAGGUCUAUCUGCAUCCUGAUAAGGUGGUGGAUAUGGUUAGAAGAGCAGUUCCACUGGAACUAACAGAAGAUAGUGAUCCAAUGAUGGAGGAGCUAAAGAAGUUGCAAGAGAAGAAGAGAGAAAUUGACACGUUGGCACACAAGCAGGUUCGGAGAGUCCUGUGGUCUGGACUAGGACUUGGUGUGCUUACUGUUGGACUGUUCUUCAGGCUGACAUUCUGGGAAUUCUCAUGGGAUGUGAUGGAACCUAUCACAUAUUUCACCACUUCCACUGGUUUGGUGGUAGGCUAUGCCUACUUCUUGUUCACUUCUAGAGACCCAACUUACCAAGAUUUCAUGAAGAGACUCUUUCACUCCAGACAGAAGAUCCUUCACAAGAACUACAAUUUUGAUGUUGACAGAUUCAAUGAGCUCCGAUGCAGGUGCCAUAAACCUUUGAAUGCCAAAACCAUUUUCAGAAAUCGCAUUGGGGUGGAACAGGAUUUGGAGGAUGUUUUGCGCAAAGAUUAACCGACUAACAUUUGUUCUAGUAUUAUUCAUACUUAUGGUUUCUAAAGAUAAAAUCUUUACAUUAACCGUUGUGAACAAAAUAAGAAAAAUCUUUCAUUAUUCAUUUAUUCCUUUUAGUUGUAUAAACUUUAUUUUCAUGUCCUUUAUACUUGAUGAUAAUAAGUCACUCUAGUUCCU